GGUUGCGAAGUCUGAUAAUAGUUUCAUCAGUAAUGUUUUCCUCAAUUAAUUUUUUUAGGAUAUGUAAUAAGUUAGAGUGCGGAUUCUCAUAAUGGUCACUUCCAAAUGCGGGACCAUUUCAUUUCAAGAGGGGGAGUUUGGGUUGUACCAUGUCCAUUUAUUUAUUUGUUUGUUUGUUUGUGUGUUUGUUUGUUUAAAUUAAGUAUAUGUAUGUGACACUGUAUUAUCAUAUAUACCACAUUAUCACUAUAGUAACAGUUUUAUUUUGGAAUAAACACAGUUGUUUCGCCGUAUUUUUUUCCCCUAAAACUAAAUCCCAAAGUGUGUUGUUAGAGAUUGUAUUUGCACUUAAAUGAUUAAAUAGCCAUAUAUUUAUGUAUUUAUUUAUUUAUACAUCUAUAUAAUUAAACAAUUAAGUCUAGUACAAUGCCAUGCUUAACUUUAGACUUGUAAUAACAAACCGGUAUUCACUAAAGUUCGUCUGUAAAAUAUAGUCAUGGACCGUAUCCUCAAUAGCGUACAGAGCCCUACAGGUGUCCCCUAUACAGCGUAUGACAGUAACAGCGCUCUACGCCCUACUUAGUGCACUAGAUUCCAAAUAGCGAGCCAUUUGGAACUGAGCCUGUGUAAUAGCAUAUGUAUCAGUGACGCACGGCUAAUAUUCGCAGUGCUAAGUGCUAAGAGCGUUUAAAUAGUUUGAGGCUAAUUGUUCAUUAAAACUACAUAUUUCAUUCCUCGUGUAAAAUGUUAAAUAGAGCAGAAACAUGUGGAAACACUACACUGUGUGUGUAUUGUGUGUUAGAAGGUGAUAAUUUCGUUGUUAUGGAAACCGAACGGCUAAAGUGCUUGGUUUAACGAGUCGGUUUAAUGAUUCGAUUCUUUUUUGAAGAGACCGAGUCUUCGCGAAGGAGUCGGCUCUUUAUGUAAAUAGACGAUGUUGUAAAGCUAUUUUGUUAAAUAGAAGGUAGAGUGAGAUUUCCUCAAACAGUGUGAGUCAAGGUCAAGUAAAUAAGAACCACCAUCGCAAAUGCUGUCCGUUUAAAACAUGGCAACGAGUCGUUUUGAAGCCGAAAGAGUCGGCCCAAUGAUCUGACUCACUGAAUCACUAAAGAAUUACAGUUAACAAUCCAGUUCAUUACACACUCCUUUUCCAGUUUAUUAUGUAACACCUGACUCAUACCUACACCUAUUAGUCACACACACACACACACACACACACACACACACACACACACAUAGAGCACAGUUACUGACUGUAUGCAGUAUGACGUUAUGCAUUUGUCAGCCGCUCUACUCCUAACACCAGUGUGCAUGACUAUUAUUUUGCUUCCGUAAGACACAAAUCACUUAAAAAUGAUGUGCAAUUUAUUGUCCUUUAUUUAUUGUUCAGCUAUUAAUCUGCAACUUUGACUGCAGUACUGAUCUUUUCCAGUGGAUCUGACGCAGGUCACAGGUUUUUGGCAUUUCUCUUGAGAAGUGUAGGAACUCGAGUAGUGAGUGGGGAACUGAAGAAAAGUAGGACUAUAGGAUUGAGUACUGUAGGAUUGAUCUGAGGAAUCAUUUAAGCCAAUUGUUUGGAUUUGUUGCUUCAGUGGUUUCUCCGUAACAUGAGAAGCUGCGUAUUUUUGAUCUUUUUAACUUUAAGAGAGAAAACAGAGAGGCUGGAGAGAGAACAUCUGUUUAUAGCUGCUAUAAUGUAAGUGAGAACAGGAACUAGGUUGACUAGCAGACAUUCCACAACAUUAAGAACAGAUAUGACGUUGUUUGUAUCGUUGGCAAUUUCCUGUGGUAUAAGAGUAAUAAAACACUUGGGAUCAUGCUGUUAUAGGCAAGUAAUCAACUUCAUCAUGCAGUGCCGAUGUUGAUUAUUUUCCUGUAACAGCGUGGCAGAGUGAUUUACUCAUCUCGAAAUAAUUGUAUCAGCACAGUGAUACAGAUCACACAGCAUUUCAUUUGUGAUGGAUUUGAAUGUUUUACAGCCUCUGAAGGAGAUUCUUCCUCCAACAACUCUUAAAGUGGGACUGUGUGUCUUCGUGCUGAACUGAGAGAGUAAGACAUGAUGAUGUUUACAGUGUAAUAUGGAAUAAAAAUCACCUGGGCUUUUUCCAGUCUUUGACUGUCUGGUUUGGGUGAGUGUAUGCCCAUGAUGCCUCAGAUUGUUGUUAUUCACAGCGCUCUUUGUAAACUCUAGAGACUGUUGUGUGUGAAAAUCCCAGGAGUAUCUGAAAUACUCAAACCAGCCAUCUGGCACUAACAACCAUGCCACGGUUAAAGUCACAGAGAUCACACUUUUUCCCUAUUCUGAUGUUUGUGUGAACAUUAACUGAAGGUCUUGACCUGUAUCUGCAUGAUUUUAUGCAUUGUGUUUCUGCCACCUGAUUGGAUGAUUAGAUAACUGCAUAAUAAAGUGGAAGGUGAGUGUACCUGUAGCCAACGUGUAAUACAGAUUUAUACAGGUCAUUGUCUCUGGUAGCGUUGUGGGAGCGCAUCUGCGUUCACAGUGGUUGUUUGUUUAUACAAAUCUACAGCCUCCUUUCGUACUGGACCGUGUGAAUUAUGUCACUAUCUGGUGUUGGCGAUGUUCAGGUUUCUGUUUCACGUGCUGUGUUAGACACACCUGAAUUCACCUGUAACAUAUAGAAGAGGAUGUUCUCACUGUUCUGUUCUUCAUUUCUUCUUCCACUUUGUUGAUGUUUUGAUGAAAAACUAAUUGAGCAAAUGGAUCUCAGACUUGCUCUGAAGAAACUCCUUCUUUCCCUCAUGAUUAUUUUUCCUCAUGCAUCAGCAGUCACACACUCUGUGCAGUACCUCUACACUGCCCUCACACCAGGAAUAAAUCUCACUGCUGUUGGUCUGCUGGAUGGAGAGCAGUUUGUGUACUAUGACAGCAACAUCAGGAAGACGAUCCCAAAGACGGAGUGGGUAAAGAAGAUCAGCGCUGAUGAUCCAGAUUACUGGAACAGACUGACGCAGCGUAUGCAGAGAGAUCAGGAGAACCUCAAACAGCUCUUAGAUACAGUAAUGAAAGACUUUAAUCACACUGAAGGAGGUCACACACUACAGAGGACGUACGGCUGUGAGCUUGAUGAUGACGGCACCGCUAGAGGAAACGAUCAGAUCCGUUAUGAUGGAGAAGAUUUCAUCAGCCUGGAUCUGAAAACUGGAACCUGGACUGCAGUUAAUGAUAAAGCUCUGAUCACCAAAGAGAAGUGGGAGACUGUAGGACCCGAUGCUAAUAUCCAAAAGAACUACCUAGAGAAAGAGUGUAUCGAGUGGUUAAAGAAGUACGUGUCUUACAGCAGAGAGACUGUGAAGAGGAAAGGUGGAGGAUUAAGUGGAUUGCAGACUGCGAUCAUCACUGUUUCAGUCGUGGCUUUUUUUGCUCUCCUUGCUGGACUUAUCAUCUGUAAAAAAUGCAAAUCUGGUGAGAGGGAGGACUACAUUUGACACUAAUGUCACGAAGGCUACAUUGCACGAGCAGACAUCUUAGAGUUAUAGCGACGACUAAACUGCAAACUGAGAGCAGAACACACAAAGACUAACACGCUGCACUGCUGUUCAUUCAGAGCAAGCAAAGGAUAAGGAUCAGAUGCUCGAGCUGCAUUCUCUCUCUCCACCAUGAACCAAAAACAAUUUAAAGUAAGACUAUGUAAAUCUAGGCAGGAAAAGAAAAUAUUUUAUUGUAUGUGCCUAGUUUUAUCUGUUUUGAGUGAUUUGAAGCUGCAAACUGCAUUCUCUCUCUCUCUCUCUCUCUCUCUCUCAUUUAUACAUGUGUAUUUGAAGGUUGCUGCAUUUGAAUAUUAUUCUAAUAAUGUUUAAAUAACAGAGUCAAGUUAGUUAUUAUAAGACAUUUUUAAAGUUUUUUAACAUGUUUAUAUUUACUGAUUAAA